AUGCAUGCCAUUUUAAGUUUGCUAAAUUUGUUGUUGAUUUAUGGACUACUACUAUUGUCACGGUCGAGUUACAUGGUUAAGGCCACUGAUGGUUUCUCCGGCCUUUCCACGAAUGAAUUAAAACUAGUGUCAAGAUUCCGCGGGAGAUCCCCACCCCCGGCACCAAAACCUCAUGUUCCACUUCAUUUCUUACCUCGACCGAUGGAAACCCCCCGCCGCCACCACCACAGGAGCGGUUGCGGUCCACAGCAACGCCACCACAGCCAUGUUCUUAGGCUGAUUAGGUAG